AAUUCCCGUGCUGCUGGGAACAACCACAGACUUGAAGCGGCACUCCCCUUCCCUUUCCUCGUAGCCCUAAAUUUCGUCCUGAUCGAAAUUCCACGAGAUGGUGAGUCGUAGAUGAAAUUGCGCCUCAGAAAUUGGGUCUUGAGUGUGGGCAUUGGUGUGGUCGAAUCAUGGGAGAGAAGACGUAUGUUGAUAAGCACUUGGAGAGUGAGAUGGGUUCCUUCAAGGAGCCCAAAGUGCGCCUUGAAGAAGUGGAGAAGGAGGGAACCAGCUGCCGUGAGGACGGCGAUUUGGAGAAAGCUCUCUCCCUGGGAAUGCAGCGAUUGGCACUUUCAAAACUGUGUUACGAGGAUGCAAGCACACCGAAUCGAGAGCUCAUGAUGGGGCAAGCUCACAGCAACCUCAGCACCAUCUAUAAUGAAAUGGGUCUAGGGGAGCAAUCCUUGAAUCAUGCCCUGGAGGCAUUAAAAAGAAUAGACCCUCGCAAGACAGGCGAAAGCGAAAACAAUGACUUUACUGUCGAGUGCCUCAUGGCUGUCGCAAAAGCCAUGAUUCAGCGCAGUGAUCCAGAGUGCGUGAAUUAUCUGAAAAGAGCAUUGGUGGUCAACCAUGAGCUUCACGGCCCUGAUCAUGAUUCGAAUUGGAAAAUUCAUGCGGGAUUCGGUGACUUGUAUGUGCUUCUUGGUGACAACCGGGCAUCGUGCAAGCAAGCCACAGGCAAGGUGAAGGACUCAGCGGUCGAUGUGAACAGCAAGAAAAAAGAACCAGACAACUACGAAAAGGCCAUGGAUGAGUAUGCAACUGCAUACGAGAAGAUAGCAGGUGGUAGCAAAGACAAGGCGUUUCACAGCGGCGGUAGCAGAGAUGCCCGGAUGGGCGAUAUGUUUGGCAACGCUGCAAGGACUCGAAGCAGGCAGGGUAACGACGUGGAGGCUGCAGUCAUUUAUGACAAGGCUGUGGCUUGCCUUGAAAAUGCCUCCAAUCCCAACAAAUCGAAACUGGCACAGAUGUGCUAUGAACUUGGCGUGAGCCAUCAUAAAGCCAAGCAAUACUCCUAUUCAAAAGGAGCCCUGGAUAAGGCAGCUGAGUAUUGUGCAAAGACGACCAAGGACGGCACUGGAAUAGAGCCACUCUACAUGCUAAUCACGAAGCAGCAAGCUUUCACCAUGUAUGAUGGUAAUGAAGUGGAAGCGGCCAAAGCAACAUUCGAGGCUCUCAAGGCCCUUCAAAAGAAGGAGUACGGAGACGAUAGUGUUAUUGUCGCUGAGACUCUGAAGUAUUUAGGUGAUGUACACGUUGCACUCAAGAAUAAGCCACAGGCUUCCACGUACUAUAAACAUGCUUUGCGCAUCUUGAGGAAGCGACUAGGAAAUAUUGAUCAAACUGUGAGACAACUUGAGCAGUACAUUAGACAGCUCAAUCUAUGAGUAGUCUGGAAUUAGCCCAACGGUCCACACUCUUCAAUUAUCAAGUGCUCUACGCAAGCCACACUGAAAUGAAAAGCAUUGCAAUGAA